AUGGAAAACAAAAAAAAAAAUAAGACAGAGAGAGAGGGAGAAGAGGCAACAAAAAAAAGAAAAACUACAACAACAGUAACAGCAGUAACAACUACUAUUAAUAUUACUACUAUUACUGCUACUGCUCCUACUAUUACUACUGUAACAUUAACAUCAACAGGAGUAACAACAACUAUUGAUAUAACAACAACCGCUACUACCACUAUUACUACAGCAGUGACAAAAACAAUAACAACUAUACUACUAUUCCUACAAUUAUUACUACUACUACAACAGCAACUGUUAUAG